AUGAAAGGGAUCUGCAAAGGGGAAAUCCGUGCAAAGGAGUCGAAAAUAGCAGACUUUUGGGACAGGGGAUGUACUAAAUGUGGCCGGCUGGACUUCAUGCUGCUGAAGAAAAUGGGGAUUAAAAGUGGAUUUACAUUUUGGAACCUCGUCUUUUUAUUGCUGGUUUCCUAUGUGCAAGGGUUUAUUUAUACCUGUGGUGGAACUUUAAAAGGUCUUAAUGGCACUAUAGAAAGUCCUGGCUUCCCAUAUGGAUAUCCAAAUGGUGCAAACUGUACAUGGGUAAUAAUAGCAGAAGAACGAAACAGAAUACAGAUUGUUUUUCAGUCUUUUGCUCUAGAAGAGGAAUAUGAUUAUUUAUCAUUAUAUGAUGGACAUCCUCAUCCUGCAAACUUUAGGACAAGGUUAACAGGAUUUCAUCUUCCUCCACCUGUGACAAGUACAAAGUCUGUGUUUUCACUGCGUUUGACAAGUGACUUUGCAGUUAGUGCCCAUGGGUUUAAAGUAUACUAUGAAGAGUUACAGAGUAGUUCUUGUGGCAAUCCAGGAGUUCCACCAAAGGGUAUCUUGUCUGGUACGAAAUUUGAUGUUGGUGAUAAAAUCCGCUACAGCUGUGUAACUGGAUACAUUUUGGAUGGCCACCCCCAGCUUACCUGCAUAGCUAACUCAGUGAACACAGCAUCGUGGGAUUUCCCAGUUCCUAUCUGUAGAGCUGAAGAUGCAUGUGGAGGAACAAUGAGAGGAUCCAGCGGCAUGAUCUCCAGUCCCAAUUUUCCUAAUGAGUAUCAUAAUAAUGCAGAUUGUACAUGGACCAUUGUGGCAGAGCCUGGCGAUACCAUUUCACUCAUAUUUACUGAUUUUCAAAUGGAAGAAAAAUAUGAUUACUUGGAAAUAGAAGGUUCUGAACCACCAACAAUAUGGUUAUCUGGAAUGAAUAUACCCCCUCCAAUUAUCAGCAACAAAAACUGGCUAAGACUUCAUUUUGUAACGGACAGCAACCACCGAUACCCUGGAUUUAGUGCUCCCUAUCAAGGUUCUUCCAGUUUGACCAAAACUGCCUCCACUGGUGAGUUAGAGGAGCAUAUUGCGGCUACUACUGGUGCUAUUACUGUUGCUAGCACAUCUGCUGAUGUUACUGUAUCCAGUGUUACUGCUGUCACCAACCAUAGACUUUCCGAAGAGCAGCGAGUGCAAGCUAUGAAUCUCAGAAAAUCAAUUCUGGAACCCACCACUUCCAAGGAAAUGCUCUCCCUUCAUCAAGCAAACAUACAAAGUGCAAGAAGAAGACCAAGAAAUGCUGAGCAGAUAGAAAGAACUAAAGAACUUGCAGUUGUUACUCAUCGAGUGAAAAAGGCCAUAGAUUUUAAAUCUAGAGGAUUUAAAUUGUUUCCAGGGAAAGACAACAGCAACAAGUUUUCUAUCUUAAAUGAAGGAGGUAUUAAACAGGCAUCCAAUUUGUGUCCAGAUCCUGGAGAGCCAGAAAAUGGAAAACGACUAGGCUCAGAUUUUAGCUUGGGAGCAACAGUACAAUUCUCCUGUGAUGAAGACUAUGUGUUGCAGGGGGCAAAAAGUAUCACCUGUCAGAGAAUAGCUGAAGUGUUUGCUGCAUGGAGUGAUCAUAGACCCAUGUGUAAAGUAAAGACUUGUGGAUCUAAUCUUCAGGGACCCAGUGGCACCUUUACAUCACCCAAUUUUCCAUUCCAAUACGACAGUAAUGCUCAAUGUGUUUGGGUCAUCACAGCUAUAAAUACCAAUAAGGUUAUUCAGAUAAAUUUUGAAGAAUUUGAUCUGGAGAUUGGCUACGACACACUGACAAUUGGUGAUGGAGGGGAAGUCGGUGAUCCUAAAACUGUGUUGCAAGUGUUAACAGGAAGUUUUGUACCAGAUUUAAUUGUGAGCAUGAACAGUCAGAUGUGGUUACACCUUCAAACGGAUGAAAGUGUGGGCUCAAUUGGCUUCAAGGUGAACUACAAAGAAAUUGAAAAGGAAAGCUGUGGGGAUCCUGGAACACCACUGUAUGGUAUCAGAGAAGGGGAUGGAUUUUCCAACCGGGACAUUUUAAGGUUUGAGUGUCAGUUUGGAUUUGAACUAAUUGGAGAGAAAUCCAUUGUGUGUCAGGAGAACAACCAGUGGUCUGCAAAUAUUCCAAUUUGUAUUUUUCCUUGCCUUUCUAAUUUCACUGCACCGAUGGGAACAGUUCUUUCACCUGAUUAUCCAGAGGGAUAUGGAAAUAAUUUAAACUGCAUCUGGACAAUAAUCUCAGACCCAGGGAGCAGAAUUCAUCUCUCUUUUAAUGACUUUGACUUGGAAUCUCAAUUUGACUUCCUUGCAGUUAAAGAUGGUGACUCUCCAGAUUCUCCAAUACUUGGUACUUUCACUGGUGCUGAGGUUCCUUCGCAUCUUACCAGCAACAGUCAUAUCUUGCGUUUGGAAUUUCAAGCUGACCAUUCAAUGUCAGGACGUGGCUUUAACAUCACUUAUAACACUUUUGGACAUAAUGAGUGUCCUGAUCCUGGAGUACCAAUCAAUGCACGGCGUUUUGGUGACAACUUUCAAUUAGGGAGUUCAAUCUCAGUCAUUUGUGAAGAAGGAUUUAUUAAAACACAAGGAACCGAAACCAUUAGCUGUAUACUAAUGGAUGGGAAAGUAAUGUGGAGUGGACCUAUCCCUAGGUGUGGAGCUCCAUGUGGUGGGCAUUUUUCAUCUCCCAGUGGAGUAAUCCUCUCUCCAGGCUGGCCUGGGUACUAUAAAGACUCCUUGAAUUGUGAGUGGGUGAUUGAAGCUGAACCAGGACACUCUAUCAAAAUUACAUUUGAAAGAUUUCAGACUGAACUCAAUUACGAUGUUUUGGAAGUUCACGAUGGACCAAAUCUCCUGUCUCCACUUCUGGGUUCUUACAAUGGUACACAGGUCCCACAGUUUCUGUUCAGUAGCAGCAAUUUCAUUUACCUUCUCUUUACAACAGACAACAGUCGUUCUAAUAAUGGAUUCAAGAUUCACUAUGAAAGUGUAACAGUUAAUACCUAUUCUUGUUUGGAUCCUGGCAUACCAGUUCAUGGACGUCGUUAUGGUCAUGACUUCUCCAUUGGUUCCACUGUAUCAUUUAGUUGUGAUCCAGGAUACAGGCUGAGCCAUGAAGAGCCUCUGCUAUGUGAAAAAAACCAUUGGUGGAGCCACCCGCUCCCAAAUUGUGAUGCCUUAUGUGGAGGAGAUGUUAGAGGACCUAGUGGAACAAUUUUAUCCCCUGGUUAUCCUGAAUUGUACCCAAAUUCACUGAAUUGUACAUGGACUGUGGAUGUCACCCAUGGAAAAGGAGUGCAGUUCACCUUUCACACCUUUCAUUUGGAAGACCAUCACGACUACUUACUAAUUACAGAGAAUGGCAGUUUCACUCAGCCACUAGCACGCCUGACUGGAUCAGAACUUCCUUUGGCAAUCAACGCUGGUCUCUAUGGAAAUUUCAGGGCUCAGUUGCGCUUUAUUUCAGAUUUUUCAAUAUCAUAUGAAGGAUUUAACAUUACUUUCUCUGAAUAUAAUCUUGAACCUUGUGAGGAUCCUGGGAUUCCACAAUUUGGUAACCGAAUAGGAUUUAACUUUGGAGUCGGUGAUACUCUGACAUUCUCUUGUUCAUCUGGAUACCGUCUAGAAGGAGCUUUGGAGAUUAUCUGUCUUGGUGGUGGCCGACGUGUAUGGAGUGCACCUCUGCCAAGGUGUGUGGCUGAAUGUGGAGCCUCUGCAACAAAUAAUGAAGGAAUUUUGCUGUCCCCCAAUUACCCACUCAACUAUGAAAACAAUCAUGAAUGCAUUUAUAGCAUUCAGGUACAAGCAGGGAAGGGAAUCAAUAUUUCAGCCAGAACAUUUCACUUAGCACAAGGAGAUGUUCUUAAGAUAUAUGAUGGAAAAGACAACACAGCUCACCUGCUGGGUGCAUUUACUGCGGCCUCAUUAAGAGGACUGACACUAAGUAGUACUUCAAAUCAUCUGUGGUUGGAAUUUAACUCAGAUACAGAGGGAACCGAUGAAGGUUUUCAGCUUGUUUACACAAGUUUUGAGCUUUCACACUGUGAGGAUCCUGGUGUGCCACAAUUUGGAUACAAGAUCAGUGACCAAGGCCAUUUUGCUGGCAGCACCAUCAUUUAUGGAUGCAAUCCAGGUUACACACUCCAUGGAAGUAGCCUUCUAAAGUGUAUGACAGGGGAAAGAAGGGCAUGGGACUAUCCUCUGCCAUCCUGUAUUGCUGAAUGUGGAGGCCGUUUUAAAGGAGAAUCAUCAGGAAGAAUCUUAUCUCCUGGCUAUCCUUUUCCCUAUGACAAUAAUCUGCGUUGUAUGUGGAUGAUUGAAGUAGAUCCAGGAAAUAUUGUCAGCCUCCAGUUUCUUGCUUUCGAUACCGAAGCAUCACAUGAUAUAUUACGAGUUUGGGAUGGGCCACCAGAAAAUGAGAUGCUACUCAAGGAAAUUAGUGGAUCUCUUAUUCCAGAAGGCAUUCACAGCACACUGAACGUAGUGACUAUCCAAUUCGACACAGACUUUUAUAUAAGCAAAUCUGGGUUUGCCAUCCAGUUUUCAAGCUCUGUAGCCACCGCCUGCCGUGAUCCUGGUGUUCCUAUGAAUGGAACUCGAAAUGGGGAUGGAAGAGAACCUGGAGACACUGUUAUUUUUCAGUGUGACCCUGGAUAUGAGCUUCAAGGAGAUGAGAGGAUAACCUGCAUUCAGGUAGAAAAUCGGUACUUCUGGCAGCCCAGCCCACCAGUCUGUAUAGCACCCUGUGGAGGAAACUUGACAGGCUCAUCAGGUUUUAUUCUUUCACCAAACUUUCCUCAUCCCUAUCCGCAUAGCAGAGACUGUGACUGGAGUAUCACUGUUAAUAACGACUAUGUUAUAUCAUUAGCAUUUAUCAGUUUCAGUAUAGAACCAAAUUAUGACUUCCUCUAUAUCUACGAUGGGCCAGACGGCAAUAGUCCACUAAUUGGGAGUUUUCAAGAUAGCAAGUUGCCAGAGAGGAUAGAAAGCAGCUCAAACAACAUGCACUUGGCUUUUCGGAGUGAUGGAUCUGUUAGCUUUACUGGUUUCCAUUUGGAGUAUAAAGCAAAACUACGUGAGUCCUGCUUUGAUCCUGGAAAUGUAAUGAAUGGCACAAGACUUGGAAUGGAUUAUAAACUGGGAUCAACAGUCACAUAUUACUGUGAUGCAGGUUAUGUUCUUCAAGGGUAUUCUACACUUACCUGUAUUAUGGGAGAUGAUGGAAGACCUGGGUGGAACAGAGCACUACCCAGCUGUCAUGCACCAUGUGGGAGCCGGUCGACAGGCUCUGAAGGCACGGUAUUAUCACCAAAUUACCCAAAAAACUACAGUGUUGGACACAACUGUGUUUACUCUAUUGCUGUCCCCAAGGAGUUUGUGGUGUUUGGCCAGUUUGUAUUUUUCCAGACAUCGCUCCAUGAUGUGGUUGAGGUGUAUGAUGGCCCAACACAGCAAUCAUCUUUAUUAUCCUCCCUCUCAGGAUCCCAUUCAGGCGAAUCCCUUCCACUGAGCUCAGGUAAUCAAAUCACAAUUAGAUUUACUUCAGUGGGUCCAGUAACAGCUAAAGGUUUUCACUUUGUAUAUCAAGCUGUUCCAAGAACAAGUGCAACACAGUGCAGCUCUGUGCCUGAACCAAGAUUUGGAAAAAGGAUUGGAAAUGAAUUUGCAGUUGGUUCGUUGGUUCUUUUUGAGUGUAAUCCAGGAUACAUCCUUUAUGGAUCAAUAGCUAUUAGAUGUGAUUCAGUACCAAAUGCUUUGGCACAGUGGAAUGAUUCCCUCCCUACAUGUGUCGUACCUUGUGGUGGAAUUUUAACUAAGCGCAAAGGGACCAUUUUGUCUUCUGGUUACCCUGAGCCUUAUGACAACAAUCUGAAUUGUGUGUGGAAGAUCACAGUGCCAGAGGGAGCUGGAAUUCAAGUGCAGGUUGUGAGUUUUGCUACGGAGCACAACUGGGACUCUUUGGAUUUUUAUGAUGGUGCUGACAACAAUGCUCCAAGGCUUGGAAGUUAUUCAGGAACUACAAUUCCUGCACUGCUCAACAGCACAUCUAACAACUUAUACCUAAACUUUCAGUCUGAUAUUAGUGUUUCAGCUGCUGGGUUUCAUCUUGAAUAUACAGCUAUAGGUUUGGACUCUUGCCCCGAACCACAGACCCCUAGCAAUGGAAUUAAAAUUGGAGAUAGAUACAUGGUUGGAGAUGUGGUCUCUUUCCACUGUGAUCAGGGAUAUUCCCUUCAGGGACAUUCACAUAUUACCUGUAUGCCUGGACCAGUGAGAAGAUGGAAUUACCCUAUUCCAAUAUGUUUAGCACAAUGUGGUGGUGCUAUGUCUGACUUCAGUGGAGUGAUUCUUAGCCCUGGGUUUCCUGGAAACUAUCCCAGCAGUUUAGAUUGCACAUGGACAAUAAAGCUGCCUAUUGGGUUUGGUGUGCAUUUGCAAUUCGUAAAUUUCUCAACUGAGACAAUACAUGAUUACUUAGAAGUAAGAAGUGGAUCUACAGAAACUAGUACUGUUAUUGGGAGACUUAGUGGUCCUCAGUUACCAGCUUCUCUGUUUAGUACAACUCAUGAAACGAGCUUAUAUUUUCACAGUGACUACUCACAGAACAAACAAGGGUUUCAUAUUAUAUACCAAGCUUAUCAGUUGCAAAGCUGUCCUGACCCUCGGCCAUUCCGUAAUGGUUUUGUGAUUGGAAAUGACUUUACUGUAGGACAAACAAUUUCAUUUGAGUGUUUUCCUGGGUACACCUUAAUUGGAAAUUCAGCACUGACUUGUCUACAUGGAGUCAGUCGUAAUUGGAACCAUCCUCUCCCCAGGUGUGAAGCUCUCUGUGGAGGAAAUAUAACUGCGAUGAAUGGCACCAUAUAUUCUCCUGGAUACCCUGAUGAGUACCCAAACUUUCAGGACUGCUUUUGGCUUGUCCGAGUACCACCUGGUAAUGGAAUCUAUAUCAAUUUUACUGUUCUUCAAACAGAGCCAAUAUAUGAUUUCAUAACUGUAUGGGAUGGGCCAGACCAAAGUUCUCCUCAGAUUGGACAGUUUAGUGGCAACACUGCUUUGGAGUCUGUCUACAGUACUUCAAACCAGAUUCUCAUCAAGUUCCACAGUGACUUCACAACAAGUGGUUUCUUUGUGCUAAGUUAUCAUGCCUAUCAGCUUCGAGUGUGUCAACCUCCACCAACUAUACCAAAUGCUGAAAUUUUGACUGAGGAUGAUGAAUUUGAAAUAGGGGACAUAAUACGGUACCAGUGUCAUCCAGGCUUUACAUUGGUUGGUAAUGAAAUUCUAACGUGUAGAUUGGGAGAAAGACUUCAGAUGGAUGGAGUGCCACCUUCUUGUCAAGUGCUCUGCCCAGCCAAUGAAAUGCGUCUGGAUUCAACAGGAGUCAUACUGAGCCCAGGCUACCCUGACAGCUACCCAAACCUCCAAAUGUGCGCUUGGACCAUUACCGUGGAAAAGGGUUAUAAUAUCAGCAUGUUCUUUGAAUUCUUCCAGACAGAAAAGGAAUUUGAUAUACUUGAGGUGUUUGAUGGACCAAAUAGUCAUAGUCCAUUGCUUAUUUCCCUAAGUGGGGAUUACUCAUCCUCUUUAAAUAUAUCCAGUAAUGGCCAUGAAGUGUUUCUCCGGUGGUCAGCAGAUCACGGCACCAACAAAAGAGGUUUCAGGAUAAGAUACAUAGCUCUUUAUUGUAGUACUCCCGAGUCCCCUCCACAUGGAUUCAUUGUCAGUCAGACAGGUGGACAGCUCAACAGUAUGGUUCGCUGGACUUGUGAUCGAGGAUUUAGGCUUGUUGGGAAAAGUACCGCUGUAUGCAGGAAAUCUCCAUAUGGAUAUCAUGCAUGGGAUGCACCAGUCCCAGCUUGUCAAGCAAUAUCUUGUGGAAUUCCUAAAGCUCCAUUAAAUGGUGGAAUCUUAACUACAGAUUACUUAGUUGGCACCCGUGUUACUUACUUUUGCAAUGAUGGGUAUAGACUAUCAUCCAAGGAGCUUACUACUGCAGUCUGCCAGCCAGAUGGUACAUGGAGCAAUCAUAAUAAAACACCUCGUUGUGUAGUUGUUACAUGUCCAAGCAUCAAUUCCUUUACUCUGGAACAUGGGAGAUGGCGAAUAGUGAAUGGCUCACAUUAUGAGUACAAAACAAAAGUUGUUUUUAGCUGCGAUCCAGGCUAUUAUGGUUUGGGACCAGCAUCCAUUGAGUGUCUUGCUAAUGGAACAUGGAGUUGGAGAAAUGAGAGGCCUUACUGCCAAAUUAUUUCUUGUGGAGAACUUCCUGUACCUCCCAAUGGGAAUAAGAUUGGAACUCAAAUCACAUAUGGAUCUACAGCUAUAUUUACUUGUGAUUCUGGAUUCAUGCUAGUUGGCUCUACUGUAAGGGAAUGUCUUUCUUCUGGACUCUGGAGUGGAACUGAAACCAGAUGCUUAGCUGGCCACUGUGGUGUUCCAGAUCUCAUAGUCAAUGGUCAAGUGAUUGGAGAGAAUUAUGGGUACAGAGACACAGUUGUGUACCAGUGCAACCCUGGUUUUCGCUUGAUUGGUUCUUCUGUACGAAUAUGCCAACAAGAUCACAAUUGGUCUGGUCAGCUUCCAUCCUGUGUGCCUGUUAGCUGUGGUCAUCCUGGUAGUCCGAUUUAUGGAAGAACAAGUGGAAAUGGUUUCAACUUCAAUGAUGUUGUGACUUUCUCUUGUAAUACUGGAUAUGCCAUGCAAGGGCCAACAAAAGCACAGUGUCAGGCUAAUAGGCAAUGGAGCCAUCCACCACCGAUAUGUAAAGUGGUCAACUGUUCUGAUCCUGGAAUCCCUGCAAAUUCCAUACGAGAAAGUAAAAUAGAACAUGGAAAUUUUACCUAUGGAACAGUGGUGUUUUAUGACUGCAAUCCUGGACAUUUUUUAUUUGGAUCUUCUGUUUUAGUCUGUCAACCAAAUGGUCACUGGGAUAAGCCACUACCUGAAUGUAUUAUGAUUGACUGUGGCCAUCCUGGCAUUCCUCCUAAUGCGAUCCUGUCUGGAGAGAAGUAUACAUUUGGGUCUACUGUUCAUUAUACCUGCACAGGAAGGCGAUCAUUAUUAGGCCAAUCAUCUCGCACAUGUCAAUUAAAUGGACAUUGGAGUGGAUCUCUGCCUCAUUGCUCAGGUGACACUGCUGGUUCUUGUGGGGAUCCAGGAAUCCCAGGUCAUGGUUCUAGAGAAGACAGUGAUUUUAAAAUUAAAAGUACUGUACGUUUCAACUGCGAGAUUGGUUAUAUCCUUCAUGGGUCAGAAGAAAGAACAUGUUUGGGAAAUGGAACCUGGACAGGAAGACAGCCAGAGUGUAAAGCUGUGCAAUGUGGUAAUCCAGGAACAACUGCUAAUGGGAAGGUAUUUCGUAUAGAUGGCACAACAUUUUCUAAUUCGGUAAUUUAUUCCUGUAUGGAAGGAUACAUACUUUCUGGAUCUUCUGUGAGACAGUGUACUGCCAAUGGAACAUGGUCUGGAUCCUUGCCAAAUUGCACAAUAAUCAGUUGUGGAGACCCAGGUGUACCAGCCAAUGGCUUGAGAUAUGGUGAUGAUUAUGUUGUUGGACAAAAUGUUACCUACAUGUGCCAACCCGGCUAUACAAUGGAAUUGAACAGCUGCAUAAUUCGCACCUGUACCAGCAACGGCACAUGGAGUGGAACAAUCCCAACUUGUAAAGCUGUUACCUGCCCAACUCCUCCCCAGAUCUCUAAUGGAAGGUUGGAAGGAACAAAUUUUGACUGGGGAUUUAGUAUUAGCUAUGUCUGCUCCCCAGGCUAUGAACUAUCCUUUCCUGCUGUUUUGACCUGUGUUGGGAAUGGAACUUGGAGUGGUGAGGUACCUCAGUGCUUACCAAAGUUUUGUGGUGACCCUGGAGUACCUGCUCAAGGGAAAAGAGAAGGCAAGAGCUUCAUCUACCAGUCAGAAGUCUCUUUCAGCUGCAAUCCUCCCUUUGUUUUGGUUGGGUCCAGUACUAGGAUAUGCCAAGCAGAUGGAACUUGGAGUGGUUCUUCUCCUCGAUGUAUAGAACCCACUCGCACAUCAUGUGAAAACCCUGGAAUCCCACGGCAUGGAUCACAAAACAAUACAUUUGGCUACCAGGUGGGAAAUGUUGUUCAAUUUCAAUGUAAAAAAGGACACCUUCUCCAAGGAUCUACAACCCGAACUUGCCUCCCUGAUCUUAUGUGGAGUGGGAUUCAGCCAGAAUGUAUACCACACAGCUGUAAACAACCAGAGACUCCAGUUCACGCUAAUGUGGCUGGAAUGGAUCUUCCUUCACUUGGUUAUACAUUGAUUUAUACCUGUCAGUCAGGCUUCUUCCUAGCAGGAGGAUCAGAACACAGAGUCUGUAGAUCUGAUGGCACAUGGACUGGAAAAGUUCCACUUUGUGAAGCUGGAUCAAAAAUAUUGGUGAAAGACCCUAGACCAGCUUUGGGAACACCGAGUCCUAAACUAAGUGUUCCUGAUGAUGUAUUUGCCCAAAAUUAUAUAUGGAAAGGAUCUUACAAUUAUAAAGGCAAGAAACAGCCCAUGACUUUGACAGUGAACAGUUUCAAUGCAUCAUCGGGGAGAGUAAAUGCCACACUCACUAAUAGUAAUAUGGAACUGCUACUUUCAGGGGUAUAUAAAAGUCAGGAAGCUCGAUUGAUGCUCCAUAUAUAUCUUAUUAAAGCGCCAUCUCAUACUUCUGUGAGCAAGAUGAAAGAGGAAAAAUGGGCUAUGGAUGGUUUUGUUUCUGCUGAACCUGAUGGAGCUACAUAUGUUUUUCAAGGAUUUAUCCAGGGUAAAGAUUAUGGACAAUUUGGACUUCAAAGAUUAGGUCUUAACAUGUCUGAAGGUUCGAAUUCUUCUAAUCAACCACAUGGUACAAAUAGUAGUUCUGUGGCCAUUGCUAUCCUUGUGCCUUUCUUUGCCCUUAUAUUUGCAGGUUUUGGGUUUUACCUUUAUAAACAAAGGACUGCACCUAAAACACAGUAUACAGGAUGCUCUGUUCAUGAAAAUAACAAUGGACAAGCUGCUUUUGAAAACCCCAUGUAUGACACAAAUGCAAAGUCUGUAGAAGGAAAAGCUGUACGAUUUGAUCCCAACUUGAACACUGUCUGCACAAUGGUAUAAUGUGGUAAUGCUUUGUCUUCAGAAGUCUGGAAAUUGAAACACAACACAGUGCACAUAUAGUUCACUGAUAAAAAAUUAAAGCACACUUUUCAGGACUUACUGGGUCACCUUUUCCUGAGGAUGAUAGACAAGAGUGUUGUUGUUUUUUUUUCAUAAACUGGAACAGAGUUGUCCUUCAUGUUUACCGUGGAGAGUUUUACAGAAAAUCUGCUGCACUCCAUGAGUGCUUACUCACAGUUUAUUUGCUUUUUUAAAAAAGGAGAUUAUUCUAAAACAUAAAACGUAUUUGCAUAUAUUGGAGGAGCAUCCACUAUCAGUACUUCUGUGCUUUAUAAACUAUAAUAGAGGGACUGGGUUUAAAAAAAGAUAUAGGGUAGAAAAUAAGAGCUAUGCUUACAGGAGACAAUAGGUCACUGACUUCUCUUUAACAGUCAUGAGCUACAUCAUUUUCAUAAAUUUGAACUCUACCCUCCUUUCAGUCAUACAUCACUGUUUAGCAAACCUUUAUUUUUCUCAUACCUGUGAAUAUUCUAACAUAAUGACAUAGUGUUUAAUAUGCUUAAACCUUCACAUACCAUUUAUUACUUUUAUACCACACAAGAAAGAAUAAGUGACAAAUUUUCAGUUCUCAUUUCAUGAUUUAAUUUCCUGAUUCAUGUCUUGCUUCGUUUUUCACAUUCCACAUUUGUUUCCUCUGUUCCCAUUAGCAACACAUGCAGCUGGUAACAGGGAAAGUUCUGCUUCUAUGUAUUUUCUUGCUGUGGACCUUUGCUACUAGACAUCAGUUUUACAAUGAAUGAUGUGAGAGUGCACCAUAUGAAUUGAGUUUUGUCAUGCAGCAAUGUUCCUUACUGUUGAAGAUCACUUGGAAGAGUGACCUUUUUACACUGUUUUUACAGACAUCAGAAAUUUAACCUUUUUGAAGUUUUCAGUUUAGAAAAUUACGGUUUACAGUAACACUAGAAAUCAAGUUGGUAUAUGAUAAACAUAAAGCUCCACACCUCAGUCCAUACCACUGUUGUCUACACUGUAUCACAUUAUCAGUAUUAUUUUACUACUUCUACAUUGUGUUAAAAUGCUCACACUGAGCAUGAUUCAAAAACCAUUGAAGUUAAUAGAAGGACUUCCAUUGACUUCAAAUGGGCUUUGGAUCUGGACCACAGACCUUGCCUAAUCAGAAUUUGAAAAUGCUUUGUUUUGGUAUACAAGUUAAUAUUGUGAGAAAAGCAACCCGUAAAAAUAAUUAUUCAAAACUGGAUAUAUUGCAGCAAUUCAAUAGAAAGAUGUGGUUUUUAAAAAAUAAAGCCAUGGUUUUAUUAGGAGUAAUCCAUCAGAUGAUUCAAACACCACCACCCUAAAAAGGCGGGUUUCAAAAAUUGCAGAACCAUUUCAUUCUCACACAAUGGAAUGGGAUCUUUAGUUUUACAGUUAUUGCAUAACAGAAUUAUCCAGAGAUAACCCCAGUAAUUUAUUUGUUGUAGGUCAUUGUCUUCCUUUUAUAGCAUGAAAUAAUUUUAGACUCAUAAAUGCUGUAUGUUUGCCAGUGUGAAUUAUCUGUUACUGUCCCUUUCAGGCAUUAAUAAUUCUGUGAAAAAUCUGAACAUUUUAUUACCGUAAUAGAGAGUGCCUACCAAAAAUCAUUGUACCCAGGAUUGCUGCUUGGAUUUCUAUAAUGUUUGAUGAAUUUCUUAUAAACCAUUUUACAACACUUUGUUUUGAAAAUUCAUACAAUUCUGUCAAAAACUGUAUUCUACUGAAAGGAUGCUGUUUUCUAUUUUCUACCAUCAGUUGUUAUUUAUUCUUGUUUAUUCAAAUGACUGCAAUAACUAUGAUUCAUUCAUUAAUGUUAAAGUUAGUACAUUUGAGAUCUCGUUUAAAAAUGUUUC